GUCACCCGUUUUUAGUUUUCCGUUUCGACUCCCUUCCCUUAAAAUAAACUCCUUCGUUCUUUCUUUCCCUCAUUCUUUCUUUCUCUCGUGUUUUUUUUUUCUUUUCAUUUUUUUGAAAAAAACAACAUCGAAAAACAUCAUCGUUCAAACAUUGUUUCUGUUUUUUUUUUUUUUUUUUUUAUAUUCUGGAAAACAAAAUAAUGGAAACUAUGUGUUUAAAAACUGGGAUAGUUCCGUCGAUCUCCAUUGCUGGAUCGUUAGAUACACGCGCUUCUCCGUCUCAGGUUAGUGCGGUGGGUCGUUCCGCCGUGGAGAAACCGUUGCGGAAUUCGUUAUUUUCUAGAUUCUCGUUUCGGUACCCUCUGGAGUCGUUAUGGCCGGGACAACGGAGUUCUAGGAAUGGGAAUAGGACGUUUAGUGGUUUGUCUCUCGAUGACGCUGUUAUGGCGGAGAACGGAGAGACGGAGUCUGUGAAAGAUGAGGGGGAGGAUGGAAGCGUGAAUGGCGGGGAGGGGAGGAGAGAGAAUUGGGUUUUGAAGAUUUUGCAUGUGAAGUCUGUGUGGAAAGGGGAACGGGGGAAUGAAAGGGAAGGAACCGAGAACGAUGAAAACAAUGGUGGUGGUGAUGAGGCUUGUGAUAGUUGCGCGGUUGAGAAUGAUGAUGGCGAAAAAGAAGAUUUUGAAUUUGAUAGAGGCUCGUUUUCGAAGAUGUUGAGGAGGGUGUCUUUGGCUGAAGCUAGAUUGUAUGCGCAGAUGUCACACUUGGGGAGCUUGGCUUAUUCUAUACCCAAUAUCAAGCCAGGGAAACUCUUGAAACAUUACGGUCUGCGUUUUGUAACUUCAUCGUUAGAGAAAAAGGAAUUGGCAGCUAAAUCGGAGAAAAAUCCUCAGGAAGUUGAAAGUCAGGAGAAGCAAGAAGAAGCAAAGGAGCCAAAUAAUGGUGGAUAUAGGAUAAGUGCGACGGCUGCUUAUAAUAUUGCUGCCUCCGCUGCUUCGUAUCUGCACGCUCAGACAAAGAGCAUACUUCCGUUCAAAUCUUCAAAUACGGUGGCUGGUGAAGGAAUCAAUGAAAAUCUUAACAUGAUGGAUGCAGAGGUGGCAUCUUUGAUGGCGACUACUGAUUCAGUGACAGCAGUGGUUGCAGCAAAAGAGGAAGCAAAGCAGGCUGUUGCAGAUGAUCUUAACUCAACUCGUUCAUCACCUUGUGAGUGGUUCAUCUGCGAUGACAACCAGAGUGGUACAAGAUUUUUUGUUAUUCAGGGUUCGGAGUCAUUAGCAUCUUGGCAAGCAAACCUACUUUUCGAGCCAAUUAAAUUUGAGGAUUUGGAUGUCCUUGUUCACCGAGGUAUUUAUGAGGCUGCUAAAGGAAUAUAUCAACAGAUGCUGCCGGAAGUUCAUGCGCACCUAAACUCUCGAGGCUCUCGUGCAAAUUUUCGAUUCACUGGACAUUCACUUGGUGGAAGCUUGGCAUUACUUGUAAAUCUCAUGCUGUUCAUAAGAGAAGAAGUACCUAUCUCCUCUUUACUCCCUGUGAUAACAUUUGGUUCCCCUUCCAUCAUGUGUGGAGGUGACACUCUACUAGACAAGCUCGGUCUUCCGCGAAGUCAUGUUCAGGCAAUUAUAAUGCACAGAGACAUCGUACCACGGGCAUUCUCUUGCAAUUACCCUGACCAUGUUGCAAAAAUCUUAAAGGCUAUCAAUGCGAACUUUCGGAAUCACCCGUGCCUCAAUAACCAAAAGCUACUCUAUACACCAAUGGGUGAACUAUUGAUUCUUCAACCAGAUGAGAAAUUUUCACCAAGCCACCAGCUUCUGCCACAAGGCAGUGGUUUAUAUCUUCUGUGCUGUCCUUUGUCAGAACCUAACGAAACGGAGAAGAAGCUCCAAGCUGCGCAAUUGAUGUUCUUAAACACACCUCAUCCACUUGAGAUACUAAGCGACAGAUCCGCAUACGGAUCUGGAGGAAGCAUACAAAGAGAUCAUGACAUGAAUUCCUACUUAAAGACAGUGAGAAGCGUGAUUCGCCAAGAACUUAACCAAAUCCGCAAAUCAAUGCGGGAGAAAAGGCGCAAGGUAUGGUGGCCAAUUGUAUUACCACGACGAGUGGAUACCAGCAUUGUUGUCGGGAAGUCUGUGGUAUCGAUUAAUAUCAGUCAACGCCAGGCGCGGUUCUCUGGCAUAAUGAAGACAGGAAAAGAGUCCUUGAAAAGGUUUAGCAGGCUUAUUGCAUCUCAACACAUGCAGUUGUUUGUGUUGCUUUUUUUCCCUGCUAGGAUGUUAAUCUUAGGUGCUUAUAGCUUAAUUAGCCUUCGAUGAAUAUGAAAUUAUUCAUUAAUUUUAUUAAAAGGGAGGUAAAAAGGAGUAGAAAAGUGCAUGUAUAAAACAAAACAACAGCACAUGUUAGUUGUGGAUGUUAUUGUUAGGUGAUUCUUUAUUCAUUGAUUUCAAAAUUGAAAUAUAUAUUAUGUAUCUCAUGAAUGCUACUUUUUGUAGAGGAAUAUUCCUCACAUGUUACCAAUUAAUUUAAUUAUAUUUUUAAGUA